UGAAAAGAUCAGUACAGUGGUGAUAUCCCAAUCUCGGCAGUCAAGACUGACGAGUUUGCCCCAAUCGUAGCAGGUCAGAUGGUAGGAAUGCAAGGAAUGCAAUCUUGAGGAACGAACAAAGAAGUCCCAACCACCAGAAGAGCGACAGAUGUACCAAAGAGGAAGACUGGCCAUUGUCAACGUCUCAUUCCAUAAAAAUCGCCAGCCACCCGACUGGUCUGCUCAACACCGCAUAUAAUACCUUGCAUAGGCUGGCUUGUGUAUUGCAGUAUCUCAACCAACUCAUUACAACCCUCAGAGAAACAUUACGUUCCAAACGCUAGCAAUGGCAUCUCUUACUCAUCAAUACACUUACCCGAUACGUCCGAUGCCUGUACGGCCAAACCACGUCCGCACCUCAAGCAAGGAGUUCCAAUGGACGUCUGCAUACGACCAUGUGUUCAACCAGUACAUCGAGCCUCAGGGAACAUGCAAUCCUGCAGCACUUGCUUAUCCUGACGGGGCAAUCGCCAACGAGCCAUCGCCCAUAGUCAGCAGUGUCUACCCUGAACCAACAAAUCAGCACAACAGAUUAUGGAGUGCCAAUUCAUUUGACGCCAAAGACAUUCACCAACCAUCACCGACUUUCAGCCCCUGGAUGGGUAAUGAUAGCGGGGUCGAUUUGAACAUAUCCACCAGCUUUGAACCGAUAGCAGGAGUCACAAGUCAUCAAAACGACCUCUCAAUGUCAGGAUUGAGGAUAUCUUAUGAUCCUACACUUGCGCCAUCACGCGCGCAGGAGAUGGCAGACGAGAUGUACAUCACUACAGAAGUACGAAGGUCGAGAAGAGAGUCACGCACGCCAUCACCAUCAUAUCGCCGCCAACGGACACCUUCAUCGGGCACGCCGUCACCUCGGCGGCGUCAACGGCGAACACCAUCAUCGAAAGGGCACAGUCGCAAAUCAUCUGGCCAGCUGCAGAGUCCACGAGGGAAAUCGGGCAGUUUUGUGAACUAUACACCAUCAGAUAGCGAGAAGCUGUUGACUGGGGUUGCGCCGUCGGGGAGCAGCAAGACCAAAGCUCGACGUGAAAGGGAGGCAGUGGAGAAACGGCGAAGGUUCAGCCAGGCAGCGCUGCGAGCAGUAGUAAAGGCAGGGGGUGACUUGGCGGAGCUGCAAGACGCAGGGCUGGUGAUGGGAUAG